CGAGUUCUACCGUCCCGUACUCUUCGGUCUCCAAGUAUGGCUCGUCUUCUGCAUUGGAGCCACGCGUACAAGCUCGGGCUGGUGCUACUCGCCGCUGCUGGUGGCGUCCUCGCAAUUGGCCAAGACGCGUGUGUCGCGUUCGAGUCCAAAUCCUCGACGUUCCCGAUCGUCAGCAAGCACGAGGCGGCCCCAAUCCUUCUCUCAGCGGACGAAUGGGGCGGCGUGCAACGCGCUGCUGCUGAUUUUGCGUCAGAUAUUCACGAAGUGACGGGCGUGAAGCCGACGUUGAAGAACGUCACUGCAACGGUGUCAUCCUUCGCGUCUGCGGGCUCGAAGGCUGUCAUUGUCGGGACGCUGGGCAAGUCGACCCUCAUCGACACCGUCGUCAGCAACACGAAGCUGGACGUGUCGAGCAUCCAGGAGAAGUGGGAGGCGUUCUUGACCAGGGAGGUCACGAACCCUCUUCCGGGCAUCAGCAGCGCGUACGUGAUCGUCGGUGCUGACAAGCGCGGGACGAUCUACGGUUUGUAUGAGCACUCAGAACAAUUUGGUGUCUCACCGUGGAAGUGGUGGGCAGAUGUCCCAACCACGAAGCACAGCGAGCUUUAUGUGCCAUCCUCGGGCUGCUCUCAUGGCACGCCGACCGUGACGUAUCGCGGGAUCUUCCUCAACGACGAGCAACCCGCGCUGCAGAACUGGGCCAUGGAGAAGUUUACGAAUGGUACUGGAGCUGCCCUUACUGGCUCUCCGUUCAACCACUACUUCUACACAAACCUGUUCGAGCUGAUUCUACGCCUCAAGGCGAACUCACUCUGGCCUGCGCAAUGGUCUAGUGCUUUCGGCGUCGACGACACGCAGAACCAACCACUCGCGGACUGGUACGGCAUCGUGAUGGGCACCAGCCACGAGGAGCCGUUCAUGCGAUCCGUUCCGGUUGAAUGGGGCCUUUUUGGCAACGGUUCCUGGGACUACGCGGGUAACACGCAGAACGUCUACAACUUCUGGAAGGGAGGCAUUGAGCGCGCGAAGAACUACGAAAACGUCAUCACGAUUGGCAUGCGUGGCGCAGGCGACGUGCCCCUUUCCGAGGACCAGAAUAUUGAACUUAUGGAGAAGAUUGUCUCCGAUCAACGCUCGCUCCUCGGGGACGUAUUCAAUACGACCGAUGUCACCAAAAUCCCCCAGGUCUGGACUCUCUACAAGGAAGUACAAGGUUACUACGACGAUGGCAUGCGUGUUCCGGACGAUGUUAUCCUCAUGUGGACAGAUGACAACUGGGGUAACGUUCGCCGCUAUCCUCUUGUCGGCGAGCGCGGUCGUUCUGGAGGAUCAGGUGUCUACUAUCAUGUGGACUACGUAGGAGAUCCUCGUGACUACAAGUGGAUCACCUCCAGUCAGAUCGAGAAGACUUUUGACCAGCUGUCCACCGUAGUUGCGCGGAAUGCUACCAGUCUCUGGAUCCUCAAUGUCGGCGAUCUGAAACCGUACGAGCUGCACACUGAAUUUUUCCUCACCUACGGCUACGACGCAUCUAAGUGGACGCCGUCUAACCUCAACACUUUCGUCACCCGUUGGGCACAACGCGAGUUCGACCUAUCCGCUUCCGAUGCUGUUGCAGUUGCAAGUAUCAUCGGGACCGUUACGCGGCACAACGCGAGGAGGAAACCAGAGCUCUGGAACUCGACUACCUACAGCUUGACGAACUAUCGCGAAGCAGAAAAAGUGCUCGCGUCCCUCAAAGCUGCGGCUGCCACAUCCACGCGCAUCUAUAACUCGCUUUCGUCAUCCACAAAGCCAGCUUUCUUCCAGCUCGUGCAACAUCCCGCACAGGCAACGUACACUCUUGCCAACUUGUGGAUCUCAGCCGGGAUAAACAACCUGCGCGCGUCCCAGGCGCGGAUCAGCGCCAACGACUACUCGGAGCAGGUUGAGGAGCUGUUCAACGAGGACUACGCUCUUGAGGUGAACUACCAUAUUAUCCUAGAUGGCAAGUGGGACCACAUGAUGGAUCAGACGCACGUAAUGUACUACUACUGGCAGCAGCCUAUGGCGAAUACGAUGCCUCCGAUCACAAAGGUGCAGGCCAAGAAGCAGGCUCUUGCUGGUGCGAUGAGGAUUGCGAUCGAAGGCAGCUCCGGUGCUUGGCCUGGAGACAAUGUGAACAACUGCGCGUUGGGCUACAACUGCGGCAACCCUUCGCUAACGAUCGAUCCGUACCUUCCCGUUGGCAACCGCUACGUCGAUGUCGGCGCCGGUGGCCCGAGUACGUUCACGUUCACCGCUAAGGCAAACGAGACGUGGGUCAAGCUCUCGUCUGCGGGAGGCACUAUCUCGCCAAGCAAUCCAGAGCAAAGGCUGUUCCUGAGCGUUGACUGGACCAGGGUGACGGGAGUGCAGUCCGCUGUAGUCACCAUUACGGCAAAGGUCCCUAACCAGCCAUCGUUAUCCGUCCCGGUCACUCUCACCGCAAACCAUACUCUCGUCCCGGAGGGGUUCCAGGGUUUUGUCGAGGGUGACGGUACGGUCACCAUUGAGGCUGCCCAUGCUGCUCGGAACACGUCCGUUCAAAGUAUCGCUUGGACUGAGAUCCCUGGUCUCGGACGCACCGAGUCGGGUAUCACCCCCUGGCCUCGUGGCGGAAACGAGCUCAACUUCACCGCGGGCAGCGGCCCCAGCAUCGAGUAUGACUUCUACCUCUUCAACACCCUCAAGGGCCAAGGCAAUGUCACGAUCACAACGUACAUCUCCCCGGCGCUGAACGGCCUCGGCGACGAGCGGCCGCUCGGGUUCGCGCUGCAAGUUGACGAUGGCGACCCCAAGACCAAUUAUUUCGUUCCGGCAACUCCUGCUGGAAAAUAUGUUCCUACCCCAUGGAACGGGCUUGAUGGCUGGGUUGCAAACAGCAUCAUCACCGUGCAAGAAGCAUUCGAUGUGGAGCCUGGCAAGCAUACUCUGAAGCUCUGGAUGAUCGAGCCAACUGUUGUGGUACAGAAGAUCGUGAUCGACACAGGAGGUGUCAAGGCUAGCUACCUCGGCCCCCCGGAAAGUAUUCGUGUCUAAGCACCCUGCAUAGCGAGAAUGGUAGCUGCUUGAUAUGAAAUGCUUUGCACGAAGCGGAUUGGGUUACUGCUACGAAGCGUGGGGUGCAAGGCUUGGACAAUUGUAGGCUCGACGUCCGGAGUUGCGGACCAUCAAUCACUUGUAGACUAGAGGACAGCAGCCUAUAUUAGUGAUACGUCAUAGUGGAAUUCAUUCAGAUAUUUACA